CCCGCCCUGGUCUCGAGCACUUUAAAUGAGUCACGUUGCGCUGCUGCAGUGAAACAGGAGAUUGUCCCUCAUCCGCCGAGCAGCACUCACCUGAUCUCUUCACAGCCCGACAGCCAUCAGCAGCCACCAUGACUCACCAGUACCCCGCACUGACUCCUGAGCAGAAGAAGGAACUGCAGGACAUCGCUCUGAGGAUAGUCGCUCCAGGAAAAGGCAUCCUCGCAGCCGAUGAGUCCACCGGCAGCAUGACCAAACGUUUCAACCCCAUCGGGGUUGAGAACACAGAGGAGAACAGGCGCCGCUACCGCCAGCUGCUCUUCACAGCAGACCAACGCAUGGACAACUGCAUCGGAGGGGUCAUCUUCUUCCAUGAAACCCUCUACCAGAACACAGACGACGGCACAUGCUUCGCCAAGCUCAUCCAGGACCGCGGCAUGGUUGUCGGAAUCAAGGUGGACAAAGGUGUCGUGCCCCUUGCUGGAACAAAUGGAGAAACCACCACUCAGGGUCUGGACGGGCUGUCUGAGCGCUGUGCGCAGUACAAGAAGGACGGCGCUGACUUUGCCAAGUGGCGCUGUGUGCUGAAGAUCAGCGACACCACGCCGUCUGAGCUGGCCAUCCUUGAGAACGCUAACGUACUGGCACGAUAUGCUAGCAUCUGCCAGCAGAAUGGUAUCGUUCCUAUUGUGGAGCCUGAGAUCCUUCCUGACGGAGACCAUGACCUGAAGCGUUGCCAGUAUGUCACUGAGAAGGUUCUAGCUGCUGUGUACAAGUCUCUGUCAGACCACCAUGUGUACCUGGAGGGCACACUGCUGAAACCCAACAUGGUCACAGCCGGACACUCCUGCCCCACCAAGUACAGCAGCGAGGAAAUCGCCAUGGCUACUGUCACCGCCCUGCGCCGCACUGUGCCUCCAGCAGUCACAGGAGUGACCUUCUUGUCAGGCGGCCAGUCUGAAGAGGAGGCCAGCGUGAACCUUAACGCCAUCAACACCUGUCCGCUCGCCAAGCCCUGGGCCCUGACUUUCUCCUUCGGACGCGCCCUGCAGGCCUCCGCCCUCAAUGCAUGGAAAGGAGAGCUGAGCAACGAGAAGGCCGCCACCGAGGAAUACCUCAAACGCGCUGAGGCGAACAGUCAGGCUGCGCUCGGCAAGUACGAGUCUUCUGGAGCUGGUGGAGCAGCGGCAAAGUCUCUCUACGUGGUUAAUCACGCCUAUUAAACAUCGAUCGUCCACAUACUACUGUGGACUAGUUACAGUCUAUACCUGCUCUGCUAUUUCCCCUCACGCCUCCAUAAAUCACAGGCCUGCGCUGUCUACUGUACUUUAGAGUUGUCAGAGUUAUUAAAAUUAUUAGGAAUGUGUGUUAAAAAACAUAAUGUGAACCAAGAAUACUAAAAGUUUGAGAUUUAUGAGGAGAGGAUAACUGUUUUUAAUUUCUUGUCUGUACCCGUUAAAUCGGGCUCAGAGACAGGAAGUUAGACUAUUCAAAAUCUUAUUAGAGGAUCAGAUAAUCAGUCAGUAUUCAGUUCCUGCCUCCUCUGAACUGCAGCUGUCUCCACAUCUUGUGCUUUCCCACUUCAUCCCCUGCUCAAGACAAAUCUUGAACCACUCCAGAGCAGGACAGAUCAGCUUGUGUGUUGUCGCUUGUGUCUGAACAAAGUGCCGGCUUCAAAUCCUCAAAAUGCCACCCUAACACUCUCCCCAACACUGGGACCAAACGAUCAUUAGCAGCAUCAGCACUAUCCGGUGAGAGACGUAACAAAAGCCAGCAUGGAGUCAUGUCCUACCAAUUUGAUCUUUCGAGCGACUGUGGGGUGCUUGUUGUACUUUCAGACAGAUGUAGCUCCAGCAGAGGUCAGUAGAGGCCCACGUUAACAACAUUACACACCAGGAUGCGUCUGUAUGAUUCAGCCUAACCUAUCUGUUCUCACACUCCCAAUCCCAACUAACGUCUGCUCAUGUCAAUUCUAAGUAUAACUUUAGCUUUAAAUCACAUACAGUACUCAAUGUAUUCAGUUGUGUGUGGGUGUCGAUAUUUUGUGAUGCUUGUGUGUCAUCCCCCCUCCUCCCCUCUUCCUUAUUCCCCUCAACCAUUCCCACGAGAA